CCUCUGGCAAUCCAUGUCUCCCCCACCACCACCACCAAACCUUCUCUGGCUCCCUGACCUCAGGGAGAUUUCAGUGGCCCAAGGGCUGUGAAGCUGGGGGAAACAGGAAGAGCCGGGAGCCCCUGGUGGCAACAAGCCACCAAAAUAAGCAACCAUGGCUGGAGAAUUGGAUGUCAGAAUGAUGUCUGACCACUGGAAACAGUGCUCUCCACACCGUCCUGACCAAUCUUUCGCUCUUCUCUUUCCCCAUGCCCAGCCAAAUUUCUUUUUUCAGUCACUUCCAAGACUGCCGGUCAAAAUUCACUAGGUAGGAAGGUCAUCAGCUGGGAAGAACCGGCGCCAGGGGGGACCUGGCGGGAUAGGCAUGGGAGACGGGAGUCGGUCCCCUAGUCCCCGGCCCCCCCAUGGCAGUCCCUCAACUCUAAGCACUCUCACUCUCCUGCUGCUCCUCUGUGGACAUGCGCACUCCCAAUGCAAGAUCCUCCGCUGCAACGCCGAGUACGUGUCGUCCACCCUGAGCCUCCGAGGCGGGGGCGCGCCGGGAGCGGUGCGGAGGGCGGGCGCGGGCGGCCUCUGUCGGGCGCUCCGCUCCUACGCGCUCUGCACGCGGCGCACCGCCCGCACCUGCCGUGGGGACCUGGCCUUCCACUCGGCGGUGCACGGCAUCGAGGACCUGAUGAUCCAGCACAACUGCUCGCGCCAGGGCCCGACCGCCCCGCCCCCGCCCCGGGGCCCGGCCCUCCCGGGCGCAGGCCCGGACCCCUGCGACUACGAGGGCCGCUUCUGGCGGCUGCACGGCCGCUCGCCCGGCUUCUUGCACUGCGCCUCCUUCGGGGACCCCCACGUGCGCAGCUUCCACCACCACUUCCACACGUGCCGCGUCCAAGGAGCCUGGCCCCUGCUGGAUAACGACUUCCUUUUUGUCCAGGCCACCAGCUCCCCCGUGGCAUCGGGGGCCAACGCUACCACCACGCGGAAGCUCACUGUCAUAUUUAAGAACAUGCAGGAGUGCAUUGACCAGAAGGUCUACCAGGCUGAGGUGGACAACCUUCCUGCUGCCUUUGAAGACGGUUCUGUCAAUGGAGGUGACCGACCUGGGGGCUCAAGUUUGUCCGUUAAAACAGCUAACCCUGGGAGCCACGUGGAGAUCCGAGCUGCCUAUAUCGGCACAACUAUAGUCAUUCGGCAGGCAGCUGGGCAGCUGUCCUUCUCCAUCAAAGUAGCAGAGGAUGUGGCCAGGGCCUUCUCAGCUGAGCAGGACCUGCAGCUCUGUGUUGAGGGGUGCCCCCCAAGCCAGCAACUGUCUCGCUCGGAGCGCAGUCGUCGGGGAGCUAUAACCCUAGAUACUGCCAGACAGCUGUGUAAGGAAGGGCUUCCAGUGGAAGACGCUUAUUUCCAGUCCUGUGUCUUUGAUGUUUCAAUCUCUGGUGACCCCAACUUCACAGCAGCUGCCCAGGCAGCUCUGGAGGACGCCCGAGCCUUCCUGCCAGACUUAGAGAAGCUGCACCUCUUCCCUUCAGAUGCAGGGGCUCCUCUCUCCCUGACAACCUUCCCAGGCCCACUUCUUUCAGGGCUGUUCAUUCUGUGGCUUUACUUUCAGUAAGUACACCAGCUAUCUCCUGGCCAAUUUGGAAAUAACGGGACAAAGGUUGGCAUGGACAAAUACAAAGAGCUGCUAAGAAAACGGUAGUGACUAAGAGACACGUGAUAAAAAAUGGCACUUGUCCAGAGUCAGAGGGACUGGAGGCCAGGUUUGAAGUAAUCACAGAAGAGGGGUUCUGGGCAGGGUUUCUGCAUUCCAGCUUUCUGGAGGAACUCAUCUCCAACUGUGACAGUCCUGUCUAUAGUAAGAGGAUUGUUCUGAUCCAUCUAUAUCUGGGAUGGCCCCAUAAACUUGGAGGUCUAAUGGGUGCCUGGUGGUCAGAAAAGAAUUUAGGCAUUAAUGUUGUAAAAAGCAACAAUUAAAAGAGAAGGACAUGACCAUUACCCAUGAGAAACUCAAGGGGGGAAAAAUAAUUAGAGAAAGAAGUCUAUUUAUG